GGGAACUGCACCUCCUGUGAGGGGCUCGAUGAUGCCAGAGACUACGCUCAUGUACGCUCAGCCAUGAAGAUCCUCCUGUUCUCUGACUCUGAGAACUGGGACCUCAGCAAGCUGCUGGCAGCCAUCCUCCACCUGGGGAACGUGGAGUUUAUGGCUGCGGUGUUCGAGAACCUGGAUUCCUCAGAUGUGGUGAUGGAGAUGCCUGCCUUUCCCACUGUGAGGAAGUUACUGCAGGUGCAGCACCAGGCGCUCUGGAACUGUCUGGUCAAGCACACCAUUCUCAUCCGCGGGGAGCAUGUCACCAGGCCUCUGAACGUCGCCCAGGCUGCAGACCGGAGGGAUGCCUUUGUGAAGGGAAUCUACGGGCACCUCUUCCUGUGGAUCAUCAAGAAGAUCAAUGCUGUUAUCUUCACACUACCUGACCAGGACCCCAAAAAUGUGCGAAGGGCCAUUGGCCUCCUGGACAUAUUUGGCUUUGAAAAUUUCCAGAACAAUAGCUUCGAGCAAUUCUGCAUCAACUUCGCCAAUGAGCACCUGCAGCAGUUCUUUGUGCAGCACGUGUUCACCAUGGAGCAGGAGGAGUACCACUCGGAGGACAUUGCCUGGGACUACAUCCACUACACCAACAACCAGCCCACCCUGGACCUGCUGGCUCUCAAGCCCAUGAGCAUCAUGUCUCUCCUGGACGAGGAGAGCCGCUUCCCACAGGGGACAGAUAUCAGCCUGGUGCAAAAACUGAACAGCAUCCACGCCAACAACAAGGCCUUCCUGCAACCCAAGAACAUCCACGACGCCAGAUUUGGCAUUGCCCACUUUGCUGGCGAGGUGUACUACCAGGCAAAAGACUUCCUGGAGAAGAACCGAGAUGUGCUGAGCACAGAUAUCCUCACCCUGGUUCACUCCUCCAAAAAUAACUUCCUGAGGGAGAUAUUCAACCUGAAGCUGGCAGAGAUCAAGCUGGGCCAUGGGAACAUCCGCCAGACAAAGGCAGGAAGCCAGCUCUUCAAGUCUGCAGACUCCGCCAAGCGGCCCUCCACCUUGGCAGGCCAGUUCAAGCAGUCCCUGGACCAGCUGAUGAAAAUCCUAACCAACUGCCAGCCCCACUUCAUCCGCUGCUUCAAGCCCAACGAGUACAAGAAGCCGCUGCUCUUCGACCGGGCGCUGUGCGCGCGGCAGCUGCGCUGCUCGGGCAUGAUGGAGACCGUGCGCAUCCGCAGGAUGGGCUUCCCCGUGCGCUACGCGUUCCAGGAGUUCCUGCAGCGGUUCCACGUGCUGCUUCCCGGCGCCCAGCGGACGCAGCUGCAAGACAACUUCCGCCAUAUGACCCUGCACAUCGCAGACAGGUGGCUGGGGACAGACAAAGACUGGAAAAUGGGGAAGACCAAAAUCUUUCUGAAGCAUCACCAGGACACUCAAUUGGAGAUACAGAGGAGCCUGGCCCUGGACCAAGCAGCAGUCAACAUCCAGAGAGUCCUGAGGGGUUACAAAUACAGAAAGGAGUUCCUGAGGCAGAGGCGGGCUGCUGUGACCCUCCAGGCCUGGUGGAGAGGCUACUGCAAUAGGAAGAAUUUCAAAUUGAUCCUCAUGGGCUUUGAGCGUCUGCAGGCUAUUGCCCGGAGCCGCUGGCUGGCGAGGCAGUACCAGGCCAUGUGGCAGAGGAUGGUCCAGCUGCAGGCCCUCUGUAGAGGCUACCUGGUGCGCCAGCAAGUCCAGGCCAAGAGGAGGGCAGUGGUGGUCAUCCAAGCACACGCCAGGGGCAUGGCUGCCCGGCAGAGCUUCCAGCGGCAGAAAGCCAGUGGACUGCUGGUGACCCCAGCUGAAGAGCAGAAGAGCCAAAGCACCCUCCCCACCAAGAAGCGCAAGUCCAUCUACGACACCAUCACCGACACAGAGCUGGUAGAGAAAGUGUUCGGCUUCCUCCCUGCCAUGAUUAUGGGGCGGGAGGGCCAGACCUCGCCAGGCUCCAAGGAUCUGGAAGCAAAGACCCAGAAGCUGCCUGAGGUUGACCUGGACACAGUCCCCAUGGUGGAAGAGGCAGAGGAGGACAUGGAUGACCUGGCUGAGUACACCUUCCCCAAGUUUGCUGCAACUUACUUCCAGAAAUCGGCCAGCCACACACACAUCCAGCGGCCCCUGCGAUACCCAUUGCUCUACCACGAGGACGAUGCUGACUGCGCGUCCUCCCUGGCCAUAUGGAACAUCGUCCUGAGGUUCAUGGGUGACCUUCCAGAGCCAGUGCUCUAUGCCAAGAACAGCCUGCGUGGCAGCUCAGUGAUGGAGCAGCUCCGCGACAUGCUGGGCAGGGAGAGUGGCGCCCAGCAUCCACAACACGGUGAGGCUGCACAGGUCGCCAGCCAGCUGAACAUCGGAGAGGAGGCCUUCGAGUCUGAUGGUGCCGUCUCAGACCGCCCCAUGUCCAACUUGGAGAAGGUGCACUUCAUUGUGGGCUGUGCCAUCCUGCGGCCCACCCUCAGAGAUGAAAUUUACUGCCAGAUCUGCAAGCAGCUCUCAGAGAACUUCAAAAUGAGCAGCCUGGCCCGGGGCUGGAUCCUGCUCAGCCUCUGCCUGGGCUGCUUCCCGCCCUCGGAGAGGUUCAUGAAGUAUCUGCUGAACUUCAUUGGUCAAGGGCCAGUGGGCUACGGGCCCUUCUGUGCUGAGCGCCUGAGACGCACCUAUGCCAAUGGGGUGCGCACAGAGCCCCCCACCUGGCUAGAGCUGCAGGCUGUCAAGUCCAAGAAGCAUAUCCCUAUCCAAGUCAUGUUGGUGACUGGACAGAGCCUGACUGUCAUGGUUGACUCAGCCUCCACGUCGCGGGAGAUCUGCCUGCAUAUUGCCAGCAAGCAGGGCCUCAGUGACCACCUAGGCUUCUCCCUCCAGGUCUCUGUGUACGGCAAGUUCUGGUCCCUGGGCAGCGGGCGUGACCACGUGAUGGACGUUCUUGCCCGGUGCGAGCAGCUGACCCAGGAGAGGGGCGAGAGCCAGCGCCAGUCACCCUGGCACAUCUACUUCCAGAAGGAGUUCUUCACCCCCUGGCAUGACUCCCGGGAAGACCCUGUCAGCACCUACCUCAUUUACUGCCAAGUCCUCCGUGGAGUCUGGUUCGGCGAGUACAGCUUCCAGAAGGAGGAAGAGCUGGUGGAGCUGCUGGCCCAACACUGCUACGUGCAGCUGGGUGCCUCAGUGGGGAGUGAGGCUAUCCAGGGGCUGCUGCCCAGCUGUGUCCCCCAGAAGCUGUACAGGACCAAGCCCCCAGAGAGAUGGGCUAGCCUCAUCACUGCUGCCCAUGCCAAGGCCCCAUACACCCAGGCGCGAGUCCCGCCGCAGGCUGUGCGGGAGCAGGUGGUGGACGCUGCCCGCCUGCGGUGGCCGCUGCUCUUCUCCCGGCUCUUCCAAGUCACCACACUCUCCGGCCCCCGCCUGCCCAAGGCACAGCUGAUCUUAGCCAUUAACUGGAAGGGGCUGUACUUCCUGAACCAGAAAGAGAAGAUGCUGCUGGAACUCUCUUUCACAGAGGUCAUGGGUCUGGCCACCAACAGGGAGGCCCGAGGUGGGCACCGGCUGCUGCUGUCCUUGCUGCACGAAGAGUAUGAGUUCGUGUCCCCCAGCGUCGUGGCCAUUGCCGAGCUGGUGGCCCUGUUUCUGGAGGGCCUGAAGGAGAGGUCCGUGUUUGCCAUGGCCCUGGAGGACAAGAAGGCCACAGAUGAUGCCACCCUCCUGCCUUUCAAGAAGGGGGACUUGUUGAUCCUGACGAAGAAGCAGGGGCUAUUAGCCUCUGAGAACUGGACGCAGGGCCAGAACGACAGGACGGGCAGGACAGGGCUGGUGCACAUGGCCUGCCUCUACACCAUCCCCACAGUCAUCAAGCCCUCGGCGCAGCUACUGAGCUUGCUGGCCAUGUCACCAGAGAAGCGGAAGCUGGCAGCCCAGGAGGGGCGGCCCGCAGAGCCACUGCCUGAGGAGCAGCCCAAGGAGAAGCUGCACACCCUGGAGGAGUUCUCCUACAAGUUCUUCAGGGCCCCAGAGAAGGAGACAGUCAGCAGAGCCAUGCUCUCCCUGGCUCGCACCCGGGGCCACCUGUGGGCCUACUCUGCUGAACCACUGCGGCAGCCGCUGCUCAAGCGUGUCCAUGCCAACGCUGAGCUGCGGGACAUCGCCUGCCACAUCUUCCUCGCCAUCCUCAGGUACAUGGGCGACUACCCUUCUCGUCAGGCCUGGCCCACCCUGGAGCUCACCGACCAGAUCUUCUCGUUGGCCCUGCAGGACUCAGCCCUGCAGGACGAGGUCUACUGCCAGAUCCUGAAGCAGCUGACACACAACUCCAACAGGUACAGCGAGGAGCGAGGCUGGCAACUGCUGUUUCUCUGCACGGGCCUCUUUCCUCCUGGCAAGGCGCUGCUGCCCCACGCCCAGAAGUUCAUAGACACUCGGAGGAAGAAGCUGCUGGCCCCAGACUGCAGCCGCCGCAUCCAGAGGGUCCUGAGGGCGGGGCCCCGGAAGCAGCCCCCACACCAGGUGGAGGUGGAGGCCGCCGAGCAAAAUGUGUCCCACAUCUGUCACAAGAUCUACUUCCCCAAUGACACCAACGAGAUGCUGGAGGUGGGCGCCAAUACCCGGGUGCGGGACAUGUGCGACAGCAUUGCCACCAGGCUGCAGCUGGCCUCCUGGGAGGGCUGCAGCCUCUUCAUCAAGAUCACAGACAAGGUCAUCAGCCAGAAGGAGGGAGACUUCUUCUUUGACUCCUUAAGGCAGGUGUCUGACUGGGUCAAGAAGAACAAGCCCCAGAAAGAAGGGGUCCCUGUGACGCUCCCCUACCAGGUGUACUUCAUGCGGAAGCUGUGGCUCAACGUGGUCCCAGGGAAGGAUGCCAAUGCAGACAGCAUACUCCAUUACCAUCAGGAGCUACCCAAGUACCUGCGUGGAUUCCACAAGUGCUCACGGGAGGACGCCAUCCACCUGGCGGGCCUCAUCUACAAGGCCCAGUUUGACAAUGACCGUUCCCAGCUGGCUAGUGUCCCCAAGAUCUUGAGGGAGCUGGUGCCCAAGAACCUCACAUGUCUGAUGUCCUCAGAGGAAUGGAAAAAGAGCAUCCUCUUGGCCUAUGACAAGCAUAGGGACAAGACGGUAGAGGAGGCCAAGGUGGCCUUCCUUAAGUGGAUCUGCCGGUGGCCCACCUUCGGGUCUGCCUUCUUUGAGGUGAAGCAAACCUCAGAGCCCUCCUAUCCAGACGUCGUCCUCAUCGCCAUCAACCGACAUGGGUUUCUGCUCAUCCACCCCCAGACCAAGGAGCUGCUCACCACCUACCCCUUCACCAGGAUUUCCAGCUGGAGCAGUGGCAGCACCUACUUCCACAUGGUGCUGGGCAGCCUGGGCCGGGGCAGCCGCUUGCUGUGUGAGACCUCUCUGGGCUACAAGAUGGACGACCUACUGACUUCCUAUGUGCAGCAGCUCCUGAGUGCCAUGAACAAGCAGCGGGGCUCCCAGGCCCCAGCCUUGGCCCACCCCUAG